AUGCUGCAGAGAGAAGAGGGAGCUACAGUCCUGAUGCUGCAGAGAGAAGAGGGAGCUACAGUCCUGAUGCUGCAGAGAGAAGAGGGAGCUACUGUCCUGAGGCUGCAGAGAGAAGAGGGAGCUACAGUCCUGAUGCUGCAGAGAGAAGAGGGAGCUACAGUCCAGAUGCUGCAGAGAGAAGAGGGAGCUACAGUCCUGAUGCUGCAGAGAGAAGAGGGAGCUACAGUCCAGAUGCUGCAGAGAGAAGAGGGAGCUACAGUCCAGAUGCUGCAGAGAGAAGAGGGAGCUACAGUCCUGAUGCUGCAGAGAGAAGAGGGAGCUACAGUCCUGAUGCUGCAGAGAGAAGAGGGAGCUACAGUCCUGAUGCUGCAGAGAGAAGAGGGAGCUACUGUCCUGAGGCUGCAGAGAGAAGAGGGAGCUACAGUCCUGAUGCUGCAGAGAGAAGAGGGAGCUACUGUCCUGAGGCUGCAGAGAGAAGAGGGAGCUACAGUCCAGAUGCUGCAGAGAGAAGAGGGAGCUACAGUCCAGAUGCUGCAGAGAGAAGAGGGAGCUACAGUCCAGAUGCUGCAGAGAGAAGAGGGAGCUACAGUCCUGAGGCUGCAGAGAGAAGAGGGAGCUACAGUCCUGAGGCUGCAGAGAGAAGAGGGAGCUACAGUCCAGAUGCUGCAGAGAGAAGAGGGAGCUACAGUCCAGAUGCUGCAGAGAGAGCACUCUCUCAAAUAA